CUCCUUUCUGCCUCCUCUGUGUUGGUCUCUGGAGUUCCUGUGUGGCAGGCUGAGGUAUUCCAAGGAAAUUAGAAAUGGGAGAGGCCUAGAAAUAUGGCCAGCCAUUCCACUUUGCUAGUUGGGGCGGGGGUGGGGGUGGCGGUGGCUGUUGGGGUGUGUGUGACCAACCACAGCGCCAGUAGUCCGUGUCAGCCCCCUCAUUCCAAGAAUGGGGUGGAUCUCUUAAAGGCGCCCCAUGUCCCGCAUGUACCCUGCUCCCUCCACCACUCCAAGGGUAGUGUGACAUGCCAGCGAGCAACUCAAGUCUUUAAUAGAGCGCGUCCCAGGACUUGAGCGCUGGAGCCAUAUGGAGCCAGGGUCAUUCGACAGCACCUCUCUGGCUGGGCUGCAGCCCGGAGGGAGCGGGGUAUCAUCCUACACCCCGGGUGCUCGCUCCUCCUCCCGUCCCCCGCGCACCCCUGCUCCGACUCUUGGAGCUCGGCAGUCUGGCUGGGGCGCAGCAGCGAGGGAGCUACGUGCUCACCAAGACCCGGACGGCUGCGGGAGCCAGGGCGGCGUCCGCUUUGGUGACACCAUGAACGGCUCGGGCAGCCAGGGUGCGGAGGACAAGAGCCAGGAAGGCGGCGGCGGCUGGCAGCCGGAGGCGGUCCUCGUCCCCCUAUUUUUCGCACUCAUCUUCCUCGUGGGCACCGUGGGCAACGCGCUGGUGCUGGCGGUGCUGCUGCGCGGCGGCCAGGCUGUCAGCACUACCAACCUCUUCAUCCUCAACCUGGGCGUGGCCGAUCUGUGUUUCAUCCUGUGCUGCGUGCCUUUCCAGGCCACCAUCUAUACCCUGGACGAUUGGGUGUUCGGCUCACUGCUCUGCAAGGCCGUCCAUUUCCUCAUCUUCCUCACUAUGCACGCCAGCAGCUUCACGCUGGCCGCCGUCUCCCUGGACAGAUAUCUGGCCAUCCGCUAUCCGCUGCACUCCCGAGAGUUGCGCACACCUCGAAACGCGCUGACGGCCAUCGGUCUCAUCUGGGGGCUGGCACUGCUCUUCUCCGGACCCUACCUGAGCUACUACAGUCAGUCGCAGCUGGCCAACCUGACGGUGUGCCACCCAGCGUGGAGCGCACCUCGACGCCGCGCCAUGGACCUCUGCACUUUCAUCUUUAGCUACCUGUUGCCAGUGCUGGUCCUCAGCCUGACCUACGCGCGUACCCUGCGCUACCUCUGGCGCACAGUCGACCCAGUGGCAGCAGGCUCAGGUUCCCAGCGCGCCAAGCGCAAGGUGACACGGAUGAUCGUCAUCGUGGCGGUGCUCUUCUGCCUCUGUUGGAUGCCCCACCACGCGCUUAUCCUCUGCGUGUGGUUUGGUCGCUUCCCGCUCACGCGUGCCACUUACGCGCUGCGCAUCCUUUCACACCUAGUUUCUUAUGCCAACUCGUGUGUCAACCCCAUCGUUUAUGCUCUGGUCUCCAAGCAUUUCCGCAAAGGUUUCCGCAAAAUCUGCGCGGGCCUGCUGCGCCGUGCCCCGAGGCGAACUUCAGGCCGAGUGUGCAUCCUGGCGCCUGAGAACCGUAGUGGCGGCAUGCUAGAACACGAGUCCACAGACCUGACGCAGAUGAGCGAGGCAGCAGGGCCCCUUGUCCCAGCACCCGCACUUCUCAGCUGCACAGCCUCGGGUAGAACCUUGGAUCCAGCCUUAGGGCAUCUAACAGCUUCUGGACAGAGUGACCAGAGGGUUCCUGGGGGUGAUGCUUGGAUCUUACAGGGUUGCAGCUAAAGACCGAGGAUUGUAGGGAACCUUCUCUGUUACUGAACUGCAUGGAUUGCGAGAGUGGUGACAUAGGCCUUCAAUCCUAGCACCUGGGAAGUGGAAGGAGGAGCAGGAACAGAGCCAUGGAGUUGGGAGGACUGCUUGAACUACCCAAGACCUAGUUUGAACAGUAAUAAAACAUUUAAAAAGUUCAAAGCAU